AUGUCCUAUCUAUUGAAAACUAAUCUUACUAGAAGUAUAAGGUUCUUUUCAACUGGAAGAGCUAUUAGGUAUGCUCAGCCGCUAGCAACUGAACCAAGUAUAGAAACAAAUGCACCCUCUGAAACGAAUAGGCUGGAGAAAACUUUGCAAACCUUCUGGGAAAAAGUUGAUGUUGCGAAAGAGAAGGAUGGGUUUCAUGUCCGUUUGGAUGGCAAGUCUUUGAAAACUCCUCUUGGGAACCAGCUAGUUAUUCCUUCUGCUAAAAAGUCUUUGGCCUAUAUGGUUUGCAAUGAAUGGAAGAACCUUUCGAAUUUGAAGGUUAAGCCACAUAGCGUCCCCCUUACUUCGCUGAGUACUAGAGCAAUUGAUUUGGGUAUAUCUCAUGCUGUCCAAGAUUUGGAGGCAUUAACCAAGCUUGGAAAUAUAGAAGAUAUCAAGACCGACCUUUUGAGAUACCUGGAUACUGACACCGUGUUGAUCUUCUCGCCCAAAGAAGACUGUGAUGGAAAAUUGAGACGAGCUCAAGAAGAGAUGUACAGGCCUUUAAUUGCUUCAAUGGAGUCCUAUUUACAGCAAUUUGCAGAAAACUCUUCGGAGAAGAUAACCUUGAACUUUUUAGACUCGGAUACUGAUGGAUUUAGAUCGAAUUACCAGAAUGAAGCCACUAAAAGAGCUGCGCUUAAUUGGAUGAAUAAAUUAAACGUUUGGGAAUUGGUGGCUUUGGAAAAAGCUACACUGACUGCUAAAUCUUUUCUCUGUGGCGUUGCUAUUGUUAGAGCCAACAAUAAGACUUUAACUGAUAACGAAGCUCCAAUGGAUUUGGAGUCUAUUGCUAGAGCUGCUUCGUUGGAAGUAAUAUACCAGACUGAAAGAUGGGGCGAGGUAGAAGACACCCAUGAUGUUGAUAAAGUGGAUUUGAGAAGGAAUUUGGCUGCUGCUGCCUUGGUGGCAUACGAGUUACCGAUUGAUGAAAACUGA